AUGCCAUGUACAGUUGUGUUGGUUUGCGGUCCACCGGCAAGCGGGAAGAGUGAACUGAUCCGCUCCUUGGAGUCUCGCAUUCCCCAAUGCACAACGAUCAUCUUCGAUGAGAUGUUCAGCAUUGAAGAACAGGAGUCAGCUGCUCAUGAAGAUAACGGUUUCAAGAAGCUCCGGGAAAAAUUCCUGACAGUCGUCAGACAAAUUCUCGAUUCCUACGCCAAAGAAGAUCCCGGGGAUGGAACAGCUGAUUGUUGCGCGAGCCAAACACGCCAUCGGAUAAUUUUGGAGGAUAAUUUCUAUCGGCGCAGCAUGCGGUACAAAUACUUCCAAGAAGCUCGGCAAAGAAACCUCUCGUUCUGCACGGUCUUUCUCACGACUCCCAUGGAAGAUUGCCUCCGACGGAACCGAAAAAGAGCGCAAUCCGUGCCGGACACCGUAAUCAUUGAUCAGUUCUCAAAGCUCGAAGUUCCAAGCUGCGACAGUUUCUGGGAAAAAUUCUCAAUAUCAAAGCCCGCACCAACAUUGGAGGAUAUCGAAGCCCUGAUGGAGGAGGCGGAGAAAGCUCCAUUCAUCAGUAUUGAUCUCGAAGGACAGCGCGAAGACUUGGAGGAAUCUAGGCGACGAACAAGCGAUUCGAGAGCUCAUCAAGUCGAAUUGGCCUUCCGUAAGGCCGUGUCGGACCUGAUUCAGAGGGCUCCACCGGCCAUGAAGAAGGGAAUGUACACUCAGCUGUACAAAUUCAAAUCAGACGCCGUCGGCCCGUGUCAGACACUCGGGGGUGCAGACGGAGCAGAGAUGUACGCACAGAUUUUGUCUUGUUUGGAGCGGCGGCUCAGAGAGAGUGAAUAA